CGGAGGCAGCGGAGCCUAGGCUCUCUCCGCUCCUCGGCUUAUGGACGGCUGCGGUCAGAGCAGCAGCAGCGGCAGCAGCGCCUAGCUAAGCGAAGCAACCUGCGGCAGGACUGCUGCGCCGGGGAGCGGGAGCCCGCAAUGCAUUGGCCUCACUACUUUUCCUCCUCCUGCCUGUCUAAGCAGGGCCGCCGCCGCCGCUGCCGCCGCUAGACACAACACCACACAGCAACACAAGGAGGGGGAAAAGUAAGGGAGAGAGGAAAGGGAAAAAAAAAAAAAGCCCAGGAAGAUGGCGCCCACCAAGCCAAGCUUUCAGCAGGAUCCUUCGAGGCGAGAACGAAUAACUGUCCAGCAACCUCUACCCAACCAGUCAGAAUGUAGGAAAAUCUACAGAUAUGACGGAAUCUACUGUGAAUCUACCUACCAGAAAACAAGCCUGGACAUGCCCAUGGCAAGACACCAUUCUUGGGUUACCCCUCCCAGUUUACAAGCCUUGAGAAAGGAAAAAUCCCGAGAUGCUGCUCGUUCUCGAAGAGGAAAAGAAAAUUUUGAAUUCUAUGAGUUGGCCAAAUUGUUGCCACUCCCUGCUGCCAUUACCAGCCAGCUUGACAAGGCAUCUAUCAUCCGAUUAACAAUUAGCUAUUUGAAGAUGAGGGACUUUGCUAAUCAAGGGGAUCCUCCAUGGAACCUGCGUAUGGAAGGACCACCUCCCAACACAUCAGUGAAAGGGAUACAAAUAUGGAAAUCUGAGGUCUGCAUGAGAAAGACACCAUGUGAAGUUAUAGGUGCCCAGCGCAGGAGAAGCCCCAGUGCCCUUGCCACUGAUGUAUUUGAGUCACAUUUGGGAAGUCACAUUUUACAGUCACUGGAUGGAUUUGUAUUUGCACUAAACCAAGAGGGAAAGUUUUUGUACAUUUCGGAAACCGUCUCCAUUUAUCUUGGCCUCUCCCAAGUGGAACUGACAGGCAGCAGUGUGUUUGACUAUGUCCAUCCUGGUGACCACGUGGAGAUGGCUGAGCAGCUGGGCAUGAAACUUCCCCCAGGACGAGGCCUUCUCUCGCAGGGAACAGCCGAGGAUGGAGCCAGCUCAGCAUCUUCAUCUUCUCAGUCUGAGACCCCUGAGCCAGAUACAGAUACAGCUGUUACACUUAGUGUGGCCAAAUUUUGUGCUGUGGCUUGUCCAGUCCACCAAAUGACUCUUCAGGAAUCGGUGGAAACUACAAGCCCAAGCCUACUUUCUACAGACAACAACCUAGAGCGUUCUUUUUUCAUUCGGAUGAAAUCAACACUGACCAAGCGAGGUGUACACAUAAAAUCUUCAGGAUAUAAGGUGAUCCAUAUAACAGGAAGGUUACGACUAAGAGUGUCGCUGUCUCAUGGGCGGACCGUCCCGAGCCAAAUCAUGGGGCUUGUUGUCGUUGCUCAUGCACUGCCCCCUCCUACAAUCAAUGAAGUCAGAAUUGACUGCCACAUGUUUGUUAUUCGAGUAAACAUGGACCUCAAUAUUAUUUACUGUGAAAAUAGGAUUAGCGAUUACAUGGAUCUGACCCCUGUAGAUAUUGUAGGGAAAAGAUGUUACCACUUCAUUCAUGCUGAAGAUGUGGAAGGGAUCAGGCACAGUCAUUUAGACCUGCUGAACAAGGGUCAGUGUGUUACAAAAUACUACCGUUGGAUGCAGAAAAGUGGGGGCUAUAUUUGGAUACAGUCUAGUGCCACCAUCGCUAUUAAUGCCAAGAAUGCAAAUGAGAAGAACAUCAUCUGGGUUAAUUACCUUCUGAGCGAUCCAGAGUAUAAGGACACUCCAAUGGAUAUUGCACAACUUCCACACUUGCCAGAAAAAACCUCUGAAUCCUCUGAGACCUCUGAUUCUGAAUCAGAUUCAAAGGAUAACUCGGAGGACAAUGAGAAUUCAAAGUCAGAUGAAAAAGGAAACCAUUCAGAAAACAGCGAAGAUCCCGAAUCAGAUAGGAAGAAGUCUGGCAAUCAGUCAGAUAAUGAAAUGAACUGUAAUGAUGAUGGGAACAGCUCCAGCAACCAGGACAGCAGAGACAGUGAUGACAGCUUUGAGAAUUCUGACUUUGAGAAUCAAAAGGCCCCCGAAGAUAGCUUUGGCACUCUUGGUUCUAUGCAGAUUAAGGUGGAGCGUUAUGUGGAGAGUGAGUCAGACUUGCGGUUACAGAACUGUGAGUCAUUAACCUCGGACAGUGCCAAGGACUCAGACAGUGCAGGAGAAGUAAAUGCCCAGUCUUCCAGCAAGCAUCAAAAAAGGAAGAAGAGAAGGAAAAAGCAGAAAGGAGGCAGCGUGGCCCGGAGAAGGCUCUCAAGCACCUCAAGUCCAAAUGGGCUUGACUCAGCAUUGGUGGAUCAGCCCCAGCUGCUCUCACCGCCAAACAGUGCCUCAGUGCUCAAAAUCAAAACGGAGAUAUCAGAACCUAUCAAUUUUGAUAACGAUAGCAGUAUUUGGAAUUACCCACCCAACAGGGAAAUCUCAAGGAAUGAAUCACCUUACAGUAUGACCAAGCCCCCCAACUCAGAGCACUUCCCUUCCCCCCAAACCAGCAGUAGUUUACAUGUCUCCAUUCCAGACUCUGUUCUAACCCCGCCAGGGACUGAAAAUCCUGCCAAUCGCAAAUCUCAGUUCAGCACCUCAUCCAACUCCGCCUUGGCUCCUGUAUCCUCUGACCCUUUGUCCCCACCUCUGUCAGCAUCUCCACGGGACAAGCAUCCGGGUGGCCCCAGCACUUCCAAUUCUUUACUGUAUACGGGGGAUCUGGAAGCCCUACAGAGAUUGCAAGCAGGCAAUGUGGUCCUUCCUUUGGUUCACAGGGUAACUGGAACCCUUGCUGCCACCAGCACGGCUGCUCAGAGGGUCUAUACCACUGGCACGAUCCGGUAUGCCCCAGCUGAAGUUACUUUGGCCAUGCAGGGCAAUCUCCUCCCCAACACUCACGCUGUUAACUUUGUGGACGUUAACAGCCCCGGUUUUGGCUUAGAUCCUAAAACACCAAUGGAAAUGCUCUACCACCACGUCCACCGACUCAAUAUGUCAGGACCGUUUGGAAGUGCUGUGAGCGCAGCCAGCCUGACCCAAAUGCCUGCAGGGAAUGUGUUCACAACUGCCGAAGGACUGUUCUCGACUCUUCCGUUUCCUGUGUACAGCAACGGCAUCCAUGCCGCACAGACACUGGAACGGAAGGAGGAUUGAAAUAUGACCACAUACUGUGUUCAGUGUUAAACUCCGAGGCAUAGACUAUGUUUUAAUUUAGACCUUUAAUCCUAGCACUUUGAAUUUGAGCAGGUCAGCUUAUUCUCUCCAUAUGAUGCUCCCCAUUUCAUCCCCUUUCUCUUUAACUUGACUUAUUCUUUAAUGGGAAAGAUACUUUUAAUUUUGGCCUUCAGAGAACUGAAGUAUCAGUGGCCUGCCAUUUUGUCUUCUUCCAAGAUGUGUAUUUUUUUUCCUUUUGCAUCUUUAUUAAGAUGCCUUUAAUAUGCGUAUGCCUCUGCCAUAGAAUACUCAGUGUUGUGGUAAAGAGAUUGUAAGAAUGACAACCAUUGGGUUUACUUUAAAUUGAUCUUGAUAUGAUCAAGGUUAAAAGAAACAAGCAUAAAACAAUGUGCCCUGUUUGACUAAGUCAAAUGAAAAGGGGGGUAUUUGUUCCUAAUUCCUUUAAAAAAAAAUAGGGGAUAGUAUUUUAGAAUUUUAUGCAGAGUUUAAUUCACUUUUUAUGGUUAAGAUUUUCUUACUUGCACAUACAAUAAUUUGGGUUCUUAAAAAAUUAAUUUCUGGCCUGUGAUUAGAAUAAUAAGAAGAUGGACUAAAUGUUAACUACAGAAACAUUAACUUAAUUUCUAAAACCAUGGUGCUAUCAUUUAUUAAUCUGUAAUGUCUUCACACAAUAUGCAGCUUGUGGGCUGGGUUUGUUUGUUUUUUUUAAAGAAAUGUCUUCUGUGCUAGUCCAUAGUCAGGUGCUGCAGUUUCCUUGGUUAGUUAAGACAAAAGCCCUCAUUAACAUUUGCUGCAGGACUUAAUUUGUUUACCUCCAAACUAACAAGCCUCAUAUUAAAUUUAAAUGGAUCUGGAAGACUUUUCUUUUGGAGAGUUGAGCGAAUGUGCUAAAAAGAACAAGAAAAUGCAGUGAAAUUGACUCAAAGACCAGAUUUUUUAAAGGUGUAUAUUGUUUCUCUUUCUAUUUUUUUAUUCUCAGUAGAACUGAGGCUAAUUUUACAACUUCCAAAUAAAUGAAUGUGAGUGAGUGAGUGAGUGAGUGAACGUGUGUGUGUGUGUGUGUGUGUGUGUGUGUGUUUGUGCAUGUGAGUGGAUAUGUGUA